UCAGCGCAAAAAUGGGAUGAUUCAUUCAAGGAAGUUCAUUACUGGACCAGAAAGUGUAGAAGGGAGUCAUAAACAGCUCCACUAAAAUGAAGGACAGACUGGAGGAGCUAAUGAAAACUGCGGAGGAGAACCUCGUGGACAAUGGGUUUGGUGGAAUUGAUAAUGUUACGUUCGAAGGAACAGAAUUCAGCAAAUUUGACCCAUUUUUUAAUGACGUUUCGGCCAUUUCCUCAAACCUCAACAAACUGGAAAGGCUAAUUUACAGUAUUCAGAAGCAGCAAGCGAAGGUGCUUUGUGGGACUGCAAAAGACAGUAUCUACAAGGAAAAGAGGUGCCUGAAAGAUGCAAAGCAUGAGUUUACUCGCGAAGCCAAGAAUAUUCAGUCACAGCUGGAUGGGAUGAAAGCGGACCUUCCUCAGGAAAGGAACGAUGAGCAGCUGUCAGUUGAAUACAGGAUUCGCCAAUGCCAGUUGAACGCGCUGGUAGCCCGCUAUCGGCAAAUCCUAACUUCUCACUAUGCAACGGAGACGGAAUAUGUUAGUAGGUUGAAACAGCAAAUCGUCCGACAGACUCAGUUGGCGGGCUUGCAACUCCAGGAGGACGAUGUUGAUCAUUUGGUGGAGAACCUUGCACCCCCCCAAAUUGUGGGUCGGGACCUGGAGAUCCACAAAGCCAAACAGCACCUGGCUCUCGCCCAGGAGCGCCAUAAGCAACUGCUGCUCCUUGAAUGUCAGAUAGCCGAACUUCAUGAACUUUUCUUCCACUUGGAGGUACUGGUGAUGGAGCAGCAAGAGGUUGUAAACAGCAUUGAGUAUAACGUACUGCGAACAGUUGACUAUGUUUCGCAGUCAAGCAACCGCGUUAAAACUGCAUUAAAGUAUCAGAAGAAAUCUCGAGUUACUGCAGCAGCGGCAGCAAUAUUGGCCCUAUGCGCUUGUGCACCAUGCAUUGCAAAUUUGUCAUCUUAAAAAAAGAAUCACACAACCCAUGGUUUUUGAAGCUGUGGCUUUAUAAAUCGUUGCAGAGACUGCGAUGUGCUCCUCUGAUUGGCUUUGGAUUGCAGUACGUCUAUCCACAGAUUUCUGCCCGUUAUUGACUUGCCAACACAUUUAUUUUUGUUUCUUAUAUAUAUUCUAAAGAUGAAGCAGUGUUUGUGCAAUGGACACCUGGGAGUGUGUUGCCGUUUUCAGUGGGGAACUUCAGACCACGUCAAUAUUUAUUUUGGGUUACAGGGAAGUGUGCCAAUAUUUAUGUGGGUUUGUGUAAGUGUGCUAGUAUUAAUCAGAGGAUUUCUCGAAGAAAGACAAAUGUGAAAGGCAUCGCAACAAUUGACAGGAGACAAUUAGUCUAUACGUAGGAUGUUAUGUUUGCACCAUACCCAUGGGAUCUUUUGAUAUCAUUGAUAAUUUCCUGGAGUUAAAAUUGGAUUUCAUUCUAUUUUGAUGAUGAUUUCCAUUCACUUCGGGAGCUUGCCCUCUAAGUUUGCAAGUUCCUAGGAAGGUAUCGGAAACUUGGGUGAGAAAUGUGGCUGUUAACUAUCAUAAACUCUGCCAAUCUUCUGCACUGGUAGACUACUUACUUGCUAUUACAGUUCGAGUAUCCUUUAUCUGAAACACUUGGGGUCGAUUGCAUUUCAGUGUUCAGAUAUUUUAGGUUUUUGGAACUACCGUGUAAAUAUAUACAUGGUUGGCCUAGGCCUAUGUUACAGUGGCCUAAGCCUCGGCUAGCUAUAGUCUACAAAUGCAAGGUUGUUUCUCCGUUUGCCAACUCUCAAACACCCUACUUCUUACCUGUUAACACUUAUUACACCUUUAAAAUAGUAUUUAAUGCAAAUUAGCUGCAUAACCGUUCAAUAGAAUGUUCUGUUUUUGUUCGUGUUUGAUUUUCAGAUGUACAGAUAAUGGAUAUUCGACCUGUGUAUGCUGGUAUACAUCUCUUCAAAGCUCUGGAAAGCUGGUUUUUAAUUCAUUCAUGCGAUCUGGGCAUUGCUGACAAGGCCAGCCUUUUGUUGCCCAACCCUAGCUGCCCUUAAAAGGGUGGAUAGUGGGACCUAUUUCUUAAACAGCUGCAGUCCGAGGGUGGGAUUUUCCAGUCCUGCCUGCUGCCGGAUCGUCCAGUCCACCAAAUGCCAAUGGACAUUUGGCUGGCCCCAGUGCUGCCAAAAAAUCCCAGCGCUAGUUUCGCAAUGUUCUUCAGUAGGAGGUUCCAAGGUUUUAAGCCAGCAACAAUCAAGGAACGACUGACUUAUGUGUGCCCAGGUGGUGACUUAGAGAGAAACUUGGAGAUUGUUGUGUUCCUGUGCAUCUGCUGCCCUUGCCCUUCUUGAUGAUGGAGGAGUGGCAUAUUUGACCAAGGUGGGGUGAAAGAAAGUAGAAACUGAAGCUGCACAGUUGGCUGCCCUAUAUCUCCAGUGCAAUAUCUAUCCAUAAUAUAUAUUUUAAAAUCUUGCAUGCGUGCACAUCUUAUGUCAACUUUUUUCUAUGUAUAAAUUCCUUUGCCCAUAUAUUGGAAUGAAAAUGACGGCAAACUUCUCAUUGCUGCUGUACCACAAUUAUGCAGUUAUGAGGAGGGAUAUACUUAUAGUGUGACAAAUUUAAUAAGCAGUGUCCACUUUAAAAGUGGACAUAGGAAUUUAUAAUAGAAAUAUGAAGAUAGAAGUG